UGACAUAAAUUAAAAAAAUUGUCUGUGAUUAAUCACUCACACGGACGAAAAAUUCUGAUUGGAAAGUUGAGCGAGAAAUUAAAUAUUAAUUUGUUGUUAUUUGAAAAUGAGUGAAAUAGAUGCACAUAGUAAAUUGCCAGAAGCAAAUGAAGCCAAUGGUAAUGUAAAUCGUGACAAGACACGACAUGGUUGGGUGAAAUUUGACGAGGAAACGGGGCAAACAAGCAAUCCCCUAGGAGGUGAAACACAAGUUGAUGUAGAAGAAACCGAUGUCGCAGCUACCACUUCCACUAAAUGUGCUACCCAACCUCCAGCAGUCUUGACCACAGAGACUGUGCACGUAAACUUAGAACGUGGAGACAGAAACACGGAAACUGCAACGCAGGGUACUUUGUCGAAAAACGUAGAGUUCGUUAACAUACGUCAUGGUUUUACCAAUGGUGACAUAAUAGUAACACUUUUACCUGUUAACUCAAAAUGGCCCUGGAUAACUGCUGCCCAUUUCCGUCCUGAGUUGGUACCUGAAGAAUUGAUGGCUCAAGGGCUCACUCUAACCGUAGAAGAAUAUGUCCAUGCUAUGGAGUUACUAGUGAAUGAUGCCCGUUUUACCCUAUACAAUAUAUGCUACAAGCGAGUCCUUAUGUGUUGGAUCAGCCUUGCAUUUCUUGUACUCUUAGCUCUAUUGUUCUCAGGUCUAACAGGUUUAACUUUAUUUUCCCUUGGAGUAUUAUGGUUAAUACUUAAUGCAGCUGCCAUAUUUUUAUGUAUGUGGAUCAAGUUACGACUUUCAAAGGGCCUAGAACAAUGUUUAUCAAGUGUUAAUAAGUUGCUCAACAAACACAAACUUAUUCUUACUUUGGAUGAUAGAGGUAAAAUAUCAUGUCACAAAGUUAAUCUUUGCUUUAUAUAUUUUGAUUCUGGGCCUUGUAUUGCUCAUAUACAGCAAUUUAUUGAGAGUGAAGAGGGUAAGACUAUAAUGCAAGGCUGGGAGCAAAGGCUUGAUGUUUCUGCUAAUGAUAUAGUUAUACAAGGAAGUCAAUCCACAAGGCUAUCAAGAAGACAGGGUAUGGCAGAGCAAGUGUACCUCCGGUACCUGCAGCGGUGGGGCAAAGACUACUUGCGGCGCCGCCUCGACUGGACGCUAGACGAGGAGGGCGGCAACCCCGCGGCGCCGCGCCACCUAACACAGGCGCUCUGCCCUUGUCAGUACAUUGAGGAGAUAUUACGGAACAAAGAGCCGAAAGACACCCGCGCCUGUUGCCCGCUCUGCAACGACUGGCUCAGGCGGCGCGGUCUCGACUGACCAAACCGACCCAAAGUUUGGAACGGGGUGAGCUUCUAUAUUUUCGGUACAUCGGUCGAUGGGGUGCGUACGCCGUCAAAAACAGGUUGAAUCUCAGCAGCACUGUUCCAGGGCGUCACGGCGAAAAGUACGUAUGUCCGUGCCAAUUUAUAGAAGAACAUCUGCAAACUAAACCACCAGCCGGUAUUGCAAAAUUCUUUUCUCUCCCCAAUCAAAGUAUUCAGUUGUAUUAAAGUUGUGAAGAUAUUUUACAUAUACAUAUUAUGUAUUAUAAUAAAACAAUUUUGUAUAUCCGUCCAAUAUUUAGUAUUUUAGAGAUUUUUAAAAAAAUAUUUU